AUGGCAUUGACCAAAGAACAAUUGAAAGAAAUCGAAACCAACUUGGUUGAGGUGGCCUCCAAGCAGGUGGGACCCAUAAUCAAGGAAAAAACUGGCACGCAUUUCGAGUCGUUUGACGACAAGGCCAACCAGGUGGAUCUUGUCACCGCCGUCGACAAAAAGAUCGAGUCUAUCAUCAAGGACGCGCUUUCAAAGCUGUAUCCAGACUUUAGAUUCGUAGGAGAGGAAACUUAUAAACCGGGAGACACAGAAAUUGGGGCUGAACCCACGUUUAUCGUGGAUCCUAUCGACGGAACCACGAAUUUCAUCCAUGGAUACCCAUACAGUUGCACAUCGCUGGGACUGGUGGAAAACGGGAAACCGGUCGUCGGGGUCGUUUUCAACCCGCAUCUAAACCAGAUGUACCACGCUUCUGCUGGAAACGGUGCGUUUUUGAACGGCAAGCCCAUCAAAGUGGCAGAACGCGAUUUGAAGCUUCAAAAAUCGAUCAUCGCCCUAGAGGCCGGUUCGGAGCGCUCUUCGGGCUCCUCCGGUGACGAUAACUUUGACAUCAAGCAGGCUACUUACAAAAACCUAUUGAGUGACCAGGGAGCUUACAUCCACGGCAGCAGAAGCUGUGGAAGUGCAGCCAUGAACAUGUGUAUGGUGGCCACGGGAACCCUCGACGCCUACUGGGAAGGUGGUUGCUGGGCCUGGGAUGUAUGUGCCGGAUGGAGCAUCUUGACGGAAGCCGGUGGCAUUGUUGUGGGCGGAAACCCUAACGAAUGGGAAGUCCCUGUCGACGACAGAUGCUAUCUAGCCGUUAGAGGCGGAAGUACUUACCCUUCGCAAAAAACGUUUGUGGAAGGAUUCUGGUCUCAUGUUGCUGGCAAACUAAAGUACCACUGGUGA